CUCCCCGCAGCGCAUUCGCCGUGGGGGCCCCCUCUCCGGUGACGUCACUGCUGUCUAAAAACGCGCCCCGGCGGGCGGGCGAGCAGCGGGCAGGGUGGUCAGCAGCGCCAGCAGGACGUACCCCGCUGCCGACAUGGUGUCCCCCGUCACGGUGGUGAAGAGUGAAGGCCCCAAACUGGUGCCCUUCUUUAAAGCCACUUGUGUCUAUUUUGUGCUCUGGCUGCCAACCUCCAGCCCCUCCUGGUUCAGUGCCCUCAUCAAAUGUCUGCCCAUCUUCUGCCUGUGGGUUUUCCUUCUGGCUCAUGGAAUUAACUUCUUAGUGUCACACCGGAGCGCCAGCCGCAUCCUAGCGGGACUCAUAUUUUCGGCAGUGGGAGAUGCCUUUCUCAUCUGGCAAGAGCAGGGCUACUUCAUUCAUGGUCUGCUGAUGUUUGCCAUCACACACAUUCUGUACUCUUCAGCCUUCGGUAUGAAGCCUUUGGACCUCAAAGCCGGCUUGUUGAUGGGCAUAGUUUCCAGUUCCUGUUAUGCCUUCCUGUACUCCUACCUCUCAGGCCCAUUCACCUACCUGGUAGCUGUCUACAUCGCCUUGAUUGGCUUCAUGGGCUGGCGAGCCAUCGCGGGCAUGCAGCUGUGCAACGACCUCUGGACGUGGACCAAGCUCUCGGCCUGCAUCGGCGCGAUGCUGUUCAUGGUGUCGGAUCUGACCAUUGCACUUAACAAGUUCUGCUUUCCUGUGCCCUACUCACGCUUCAAAAUCAUGGCUACUUACUAUGCAGCCCAAAUGCUUAUUGCACUGUCAGCUGUAGAGACCAGAGAUGAAGAGGACUUCAGAAAGAGGAGCUAGGUGGAGCACCAAUAGUCUGUGAACACGUGGGUUAUAUCUCAGGUGCUGUAGCUGCAUUCACCCCUGAGAGAGAUCUCCAUUUCUCUAGGCACAUUGGUGGUGUUGAUUUUGCUUCUUUGAAGCAUUACCUUUGGGGCUUUUUUUUUUUCCAAUGGUUUUCCCUGAAUACAGCUUAUUUCCAUGUGGAGUCAACAUCAGAAAGCUUAAACUGUCCCUGCAGUAGCUACUCAUUCAACUUUUCCUCCUUGGAAGUGCUAUAUUACUACACUUUAUUGUUAGUCUUGAAACUGAUGCUGAAUGUCUGGGAGGAGGAGGGCUGAUGGCGAGGAGAUUUGGCCAUGCACUGUGCUACAACACUUACUUUCUAUAGUAGGCAGACAGGCACAGAUCUCUACUAAAGUCAUAGGUAAAAAUGAAUUUAACCAACAUUUGUUUCUGUUAGUGCAUUACAAACACAGUAGGCAAACUGGAGCUAUUGCCUCUGCUGAAAGGAAGUCUGGAGGUAGAGUGAAAACAGCAUAUCCAGAUGAGGGCUGAGCUUUGGAGUCAACAGCAGCAUGUGGGGGAGCCCCCAGCAGAACCAGAAUGAAAGCAAAGCACCAGGCAGAGAGCACAAAACAAGGGGUGCGCUGGCAUGCAGUGCUGUGAGCUUUGAUUGCGGCUGAUUGCUGCUCCAGGGCAGGUCCAUAGGUGCUGCGUGUGACAGAACUAGGAGUUUGGUGGGAUUUCAGGGACAUCCAGAUAGCUAGGCCAGUGUGUUCUUCUCCAUGUGGUUGUAUGGUGUCUGCAGCCACCAGUGAUAGCUGAGAUGGAAUGGGCACAUGAGGAACUUUGAUUUCUAUAGCAGGACUUGGAGCAUGUGUCUCUUACUAAUGUAUGCCCUAAUUGUCCUUAGUACAGCAGACAGGAAUCUAACCUCUAUGCCUUUCUUCCCCAGUAUCCUAACAGAUAAUAUUCCAGAUACUGAUGAAGCUUUACAGUACUGCUGCUUGCAGUAUCUCUCUUGAAUCUUCAUGUGAGCAUUUCCUGUGGUCAAGGCCCUGAUUUGGGAUGUAAAUUGUUGCUGUGUUUUGCCAGGUGGUAGUAAAUGAUUGCGCCAGUUGUUUUUGGAAAGCCCCUUUCCAGCAGAGCUUCCUGAAAAGCUCUGUCCUGUGUUCAAAGUGCCUGCUGCUUCCUUCUCAAACUUACAUGGAUGCAGUGAGAAUGUGCCAACAGGGCUGGGAAAGCCUGUUUGAUUCUGUUCCAAAUUCUUUGGUUAGUUUGUCUGUCCAUCUGCUGAAGCAAGAUUACUUUUGACUUCAGACUCUCUUAAAGAGAUAAAGGAAGAGGCUGCCCUGAAUUUUUAAUCCAAGUUCAUUUGUGAUCAUAUGCAUAUUUUUCUCUUAUUUAGGAUAUCUACCAGCAACCUCUGUUUCUGUUUGAAUCUAUUUGAAUGUUUUUUUUUCCUUCUGUCCCUCCUAGGGCUGCUCCAUGUGCUGUGAUGCUCCCCAAUGGCUUAAGACAUGGAUGCACUCAGGUGUGCAAAGAAAGCUUGCUGAGGGUUCCCGUACAUCUUCAAACUUGCAGCCAAACAGGGACUGCACAACUCAAAUCCAUGCAUGCCCCAACAGCCCCUUGCACACACCCGUGUGAGCAGGGCGAGCAGGAGGGACAGCCCUCCAGACCAGCCUUGUGGGCUGAAAAUCACCGCUGUCUCCAUACCUAGCGUGCUCAGACCAUUCCAGGCACAACUCUGGCACCAAGUCUCUGGCACAGUCAGCAGAGCAGGAAUGUCUCUUUCCGAGGAGCGUGGCAGGGUCAGGGGGCAGCUGAGGGAACCCUACCAACCCUAUGAGCUUUUCCCUUGGUGUUGAAAGGUGCUAAGUGGGUCUCCUGCUCCUUUCCGGCCUCGCGUGGUGGGACUGGGUGAGGAACAGGCAUUGCCUCCCCAUGACUUUUGCAUUAGUGGAAAUGCAGCCAGUAUUACAAAAAUCUAGGUUAACCACCCUGACCCCAUGAGGCAUCUGCUGCUUUUCAGACAGAGAUCAGAAAGGUCAGCUGCAUUAUUGAGAGCGAAAGCAUUGUAAAUAGCACAGCCCCGUGUAAUCUCUUCCCUUUAAUGCUGUUGUGUAAUAUUGUCCGUAUUCAUUCACUGGCACACCGGGGCCUGGCUGGAGUAAACUGCUAAGGGAAUUUAGACCAUAAAACAUCUUCAUUCAUCAGCAUUGCUUAUCUCCCGGCCACAGCUUGAACCCUACAGUGUAGCUCUCUGUGGAUGUCACCUGCUGUUAUUCAGCUUGACUGUUUCCAAAUCUUUCCAGCAACAGCUAAGAAGAAAUCUAAGCAUUUGGGGUGAACCCCACUGUCCUCCCAGCACGUAAGCAAACAGCACAUUUCAGUCUGAUUUACAACUCCUUGUCGGGGGUCAGUCCAGUACGCUCAGUCCUUAGCUGGCAAUUCUUUAGAGAGGCCCCUGGCACGCUGAGCUUCCCUUUGCUUUGAGGAAAACGCAUGGGUGAUAACGUAACCUUUAUUUAAAAGUUAGAAUUUUGACUAUCUGUUUCUUCCCCUCUAGAAAUGAGUAGUCUUCAGUUUCCUGAAGAUCACUGAGUUGCUUUUCUGUGUGCUUUUUCAUCAUGGCCUGCUUUAUCAUCCUGCUCUGCCAUCAGCCACUGGAUAUUUGCAGAAAAUGGUAUUUUAAGUGAUACUAGGAGAUCUGUCCUCUUCACUGGUCAUCAGAGGUGCAGUUUCCAGUGACAGAGGCUCUGGGUGGCUCCAGCUGGGACAGCAGAAACAUGUGCAGCCAAAGUGGGCUGUUGUUCCCUCGCUGUCCCCUCGCCUGGAGCAGGCUGGCUUGGAUGCAUCCUGGCCAGCCACCCUGGCUCCAUCCCAGCGCUGCAACAGCUUCAGCCUUCCCAGGAACAGGAGGCAGAGCUCUCAGCAUACAAAGUCAGGAAGAGUCCUGGCUGGCUUGGAGGUUUGCCAAUGAAGGCUCUCAGUCUUCAAAAUCCUUCUCCUGCUCUGCAUUCUUCCUUUUAAUCCCUGUUACUUGAAUGAGACCAUUUUCCUGGAGGCUCUUUCCUGCUGAGAAGAGACCAGCUGCUGUGGACACAAUCCUGAGUUUUUGUAAACCCUUAGAAACAAUAAGCACUUGCUGACAGUCUGUUAAAUACCUUUUUUGGGGGUUAAAACUGUUCCCUCAACCCCAAUGAGGGCAAUCUUCACUUUGAAAGGGAGCAAACAAGAAGUGGGAAUGACAUGACUGUGGCACUGCCCUUAGGGACUUUCCUGUUUCCUCUUUGCACUGUUAAACUGUGAGGUUUGAUCCAUUCUUCUCCUUUUCAGGGGUACAGUCUCUGAGAAACACCCAGUCGUUGGCCCAGGGACGUUACAGAGGGAAUGAAGCACCCCAGCAGUGCAGCCUGCCUGCCCCCAGCAAUAUCACCUUUUUUCCUUGCUAGGUGCAGAGGCUUUUCUUUCACACUGCUGUAUUCAGACACCCCUCUGCAAUUCCCAUCUAUGAUCGCUUGAUGUUACACACGUGGUCUGAUUACUUUUGCUCUCUUUCCUUUGUGUAGAUAUUACCCUCUUGGAGAUCCAUCGGCUCCUUAUUUGGACAUAUAAAAGAUGCAGCACAUUUAUUUAAGCCUUGUAUCUCUUUCUGUAGAUAAAACCAUCUUACACAGAAUUCCCAAUGAAGUCAAAGCAAUGCUAAUUGCAACUGGUUUUUAACUGCUAGUAAUGCUGCUGGGCUGUGCCAGUCACACUGAUGUCAGCAGGGUGAUGCUGGUGUAAAAACAGCAGGUUGAGAAGAACAAAGCCAGAGGAUUUUAACAGCUUUACUCCUACUCUACCAAGAAAACUGUAUUUGUGCUUAAUACCUGGGGUCUUACAUCUCCAUACUGAGGCAACUGUAAGACUGGUGUAAGAAUGACUCUAACAUGGCUUUUAAGGAGAUUGCUGAAGGUUUCAUGCUGUAAUCAGUGGAGGUAACUGAUACAUUUUUACACAAUUAUAUAAAAUUCCCAGGACAAACUUUGCAGAAUUUUGUAGUAGGUCUUCAAAGUUCUCUGGUCCCUUAGUUUUACACUAAUACCUGUAUGUUUUCAGCUUGCUAUCAUGGUAAUUUUGGGAGCUGUUCUGGAGGAAGCAGAUCAAAGCAAACAGCAACUGUAAAGCUCAGUGGCAGGUGCCCCUUUCUCUUUGCUUGGUUUCUGGAUACAGAGAUGGGCUCUUUUAAGCAGAGGUAGCCUAACUGUGUUCUUGGAAGAGGAUGGGAAGUUGCUGACUUCUGCUGACAGAAGUCCUCCCGGGUACUUCUGCCUUUUAUCCAUGCUUGCUCCUUUUGCGGCCUUGGGUAAGUCACUUAAAUUUUCUGGGAUUGGGUCCUCAUCUGGUGUGAAUAGGCACAAGUGUACAAGAGCCAGUGCUAUGCCAAGCUACAACAGCAGGGGACCAGGCCCUCAUCCCAUUUCUAAAAUGGGGAAAUUAGCACUUACCUACCUGUGAGGACUAAUCUAAUGCUCAUAAAGAACUUGGAAGACGUGAAGUGCUGUAUAAUCCCAAGUAUUUAUCCUACCUUAAUGUUAAAAAUACUUUCAGGGAUCCGCAGGACUGCUCUUAAAGCAUGGAAUGUGUGACCGUCUUUUUAGUUUGCAUCAGAUGGAAAGCAAAUGCAAAAUAUUUAUUCACACUAAGAGGAUGAGCUCAGCUGCACUUGAACUUAAAAGUCUGAACUCUAAUUUCAGUUUUGCCAAUCGUUUUUAGCUCUAAAAGCCUCAACCAAAUCCCUAGACCUGAACCUUGCAUCCAAAUUUUGCAGUCUGGUCUCAUCCCUGACUGUUAGCAAGGAUACAUCUAAUUGAGCCAAAACACAGUACCCUCACAGUCUGCUAUGGCUGAUGAAAAGACUGGAACAGAAAGUGAAGUUAUUCUGUUCAACCUUAGUUCUGCAGAAGGUCAGCUCGGUUUCAUGGGACAACUUACAAAGGGGUGCUUAAUUUCUGUGACUGUAAGUUUUACCGGCUUUAAAAUUAGCAGAGAGGGAAGACCAUAAUGGAUUCAAUAAGGUCGGCGCAUCCUUCUUGAAUUACUUCCUUUUCACCUGAAUCAAAAAAAUAGCAGGGUCUGUAGCGAAGGAAGUGCUUGUACCACCAGUCCUAGAGCCCAGAACAAAAGUUGAUCUAGAAAUACAGCUCUAAACCAUCACCAUGUUCUCAAGUAAAAAUGCCACUGUUCACGGAUUUCAAAUCUGGACCACAGCUAGGAACUACUUAGUUCUGGUAGAACUAGCUGCUGUGCAAACACAAGUGAAUGUGAGAAAUUACACACCAAGGAACGUGAGCUGUGUACAUAUGAAAUGGACCAUAACAUUGAAGCAGCUGCAGUAAAAUCUUAUCUUGAUAUGAACUCAGAAGCAAACACAAUGCAAAUUUUUAUGGUUUCUUUAAAAUGUUUGAUGGGUUUUAGUUUUCUUAGUUUGGAUGAAAUUUUCAUAAUGUUAUUUUAUUUUUGCUCUUAUUGUAAAGAAUAGAAAUAUAUAACUCUAGAUAGACUACAAAUGAAAAAAGGUGGCCAGUUGGCAGGAAUGCCAAAACUUCUGUGGCUUGUAUUGUUUCUGUGGUGACACUGUGCUUGCUGGAGGAUGAGCUACUGGAGUGGUGUGAUGGCUCAACAACGAGGCUGAAGCACAAGGCCAGUGUCAUGUAAGAGGGAUGCAGGGGCUGAACUACCGAGACUGCACGGGGAGCACAACUGGGCCAAUUCAGAUCAGUCAAAAGACAGAGAACACCAGGAAAUAAAACAAACCUUUUCCUGAUAGCUAAAACGCAAGAAACCAAAGCCAGCCCAUUGGGCAAUGGUGCUGAAUCAGUACAAACACAUGUAUCUAGUCCUUGCUUGUGCAGGCUCCUGCCAGGCCAGGCCUUGCUCCUAAUUCACCUGGGGAGGUUUGCUCCAAGACUACAGUGCUGGCAGGGUCAGUCCAGCAGAACCUGAUGCUUUGUUAAAUAAAACUGCAACUAGAGAACAACAACAAAAACAAACAAGGAAGAAAAAAACAAAUGCUGUUGGGCAAGCAGUAGUUGUGCCUAGCUGAGACGGCAGACUGGCUGGUCUGUCCUGAACACUAAUCUCCAUGUCGUGUCCCCAUGCGAGCCUCUUGCUCCAGCCCCUCUCCCGCGCAUUCCGGGCAGAGUGCACUGAAAGAUGGGACUGAAGCAGCUGCUCUCCCCUGGGAGUCAAACAUUUUGCCAUGUGCGAAAGUCUCUAGCACUUACUUCCUUUACUGUGAUUGUAAAGGUCACCACAUGCAAUAUGGCCACUUGAUCUGGGAUCUUUUCUUAACAUAUUUUUAUGCUGAUUUUACUAUUUUAAUUCUUUCUUCGGAAUGUAUUUUUUUUUCUCAUUUCUUCUGUGUGUAACAGCAAUUAAAAUAUUAAUUUACUGGGUAUUAUUUACUGUGCA